GAAAGUCAUGGCUGAGUUUGACCUCCCCCGGAGCUGGUUUCUAAUAGUUGUGACGUGGUUGGUGAUGAUGACAGGCAGCUACUGGCUGGGAGUCUACACCGUCAACUAUGGACUUGACAGUGACGGUAGGCUGGGAAGGGUGAGACGCAGUAUAGUGGAGGAAGUCCAGGGCGGUCCGAUCAGGAAAGCAGCCGACUCGCCACAGCAGCAGCCUGUUAGAAGUUCAAGAGAACAGAUGAAAGUAGUCCCGAGUCCGGACGGACCGUGGCAAGGAGACAACGACUGGAGAAACAAAUACUUUAGGACGGCAGACGACAUCAGGAAACAUAUAAGCUCGGUCUUCAAAGUCGACCGGGACAUGGUCUUCUUUUCCGACUUCGAACAAGACACGGAGAAGUGCCACAAGCACGGCGAGCCCUACACCGAGUGUCGUGGAGGCACUCCGAUCGUGCGACAGAAGUCGUGCGCGAUCGUAGGGAGUUCUGGCAUCGUUCGUGACAGCGGUUGCGGACGCCAGAUCGACCAGCACGACUUCAUCAUGCGAUUCAACUUCGCGCCGCUAGAGGAGUUCAAGAACGACGUUGGGACCAAGGUCAAUCUCGUGGUCCUCGGUACCUACAAACUACACAUCAUCACCAACAGUUUCGCCGAAGACGCAGAAGAGAAGAGAAAGAAGGAAUCCCUGAGCGUGAAGGUUCAGGGAAAAGACGAGAUCAUGACUAGACUCCGGCAGUACAACAACACCGUCAUCUUCUACCCGAAGCCGCUGUAUGAACUGUCCAUGGGUGUUGCUACAGGACCGAGUCUUAGGCUAGAAACUCUACUGGAGAUACUAGCAGAGCACCAACUCCGAGCCACGAUGACUUACAACCUGGUCACACUGAAGGACCUGACAGUAGAUUUGCUGCAGAAGUUGUACCCUGACGCUGAAGCCCCCUCCGUUGGUGUGAUUGCGUACCUGCUGGCCCUGACGUUCUGUGACCAGCUGGACCUGUACGGCUUCUACCCGCUCGACUACGACCCUUGGAACCGCACCGUCCUGUUCCACUACCACGACGACCCCCUCCCGGGACAUGGACUCUUCCCAAAACCGCAUCACUACAAUACGGAGUACGAAUUCAUGCGCGAACUAGACGCCAAGGGCGUCCUGACGUAUCACAUUGACAAAUGUACAUAAAUUGUGAUGACUCUAUAUUGACAAUGCAAAUGAUGGGAACGGGUCUUCUUUGAAAAAUAAAAGUUUAGAUCUUGAAAAGUUCAUCUAUGUUUAGAAGUCACUUUGAGCCAACACAAGGGGCCAUCCACAUCGCGAUCUCGGGAAAUUGCAAACGUCCCUCAACAGAGACGGGGGGCGCCACAGACUUUCUGCAACGUACGAUACACCGCUCACAGAGUCACGUGUGUCAUUUGCAUAACGUGAUGUUAUUUCAGGUGCAGGUAUAUGGGUGUGCCGUGGUAAAACUAUAAGUAUUAAUAUUUAAUUUGUUGGUUCUCGGAUUUUUUCAGAAAAAAUAUGAAGAGACAGGGUACCGGUGGAAAAAUAAAAAUAAAAA